GCUGAUCUUCUGGGAAAAAAAUCCCUGACAUUUGAGGCGCUCGAAGGAUUUCCCGAGCAUGCCCAGUGGUCACAGCCUCCUCGGAGGAAACGGGUCGUAGCGAGCACAGCCUGCUGCGUGUCAGUGCGACUUUACAGCUGGCUGUAAGGUCAGGAACAACUGGCGUCUCUCUCGCUCUCUAUAUCAUCUUUACAAGUAUUUAAAAACUUCCUAUGAUUUUUAUCGGGAGCUAUUUUAAAAAAAAACGUUUUUCUUUGAUUCGAGGAGUUUUAUUUGCGCGCAGAAAAGUUUUUAGUUGACAUCUGAGCGUUUAGCAGCUCAGUGUGGUCGACUCCUCCACGUCAAGUCGAGCUGAACUGUGGGCGCAAAUCCCUUUUCCUUGCUACUCGGUUGGAAACGAAAAAGCUGGUCUUUUUUUUGCUAAACUGUUUAAAUGCUUGUGAGGAAAAUGGAUCUGUUGAGCUAUCAGUACCUGGACGAGAUGAACAACAACAUCGGAAUACUUUGCUACGAAGGUGAGGCAGCGCGUCGAGGUGAUCCCAUGAUGCACCAGUCCAUGUCCUUGUCAUCGUCGGGCGUCACCAACCAGAGCCACCGGACGGGCCCUCCUCCCAUCAGCCCCAGCAAGAGGAAGCACAGCCAUAGCCACAGCACAAGACAGGACCAACAACACAAUGAUGACCAAGACUGUGACAACCAACACAUGGCCAAGAUGAGCCGGCUGUUUGCAGCACAGCUAGGCGACUUCCGUAGUACUGAGGACCCUCGUGACUGUAGCCGCAGCCCCAUGGAGCGAGCCGCCGCCCCCUCCGCGGUUCUCCAUGGCAACCGCCACCUGUACGCCCCACACCACCACAUGCCCAGCCUCGCCAUGGACCAGCCUCUUGCCCUGACCAAAAACAACAUGGAUGCCGCCCGUACCUUUGUCAUCUCACCAACCGUCAGCCCCGUGGAACGCCAGCAGAAUCGUCCGUCGGUGAUAACGUGCGCUCCGGCCAACAACCGGAACUGUAACCUGUUUCACAACGGCUGUUCCAACAACUACAAUAGACCAGCCUGCAACUCCAAUACGGUGUGUGUUGACCCGGUGAUCGAGGAGCAUUUCCGCCGCAGCCUGGGGAGGAACUACAAACAGCCGGAUCCCGUCACUAACUCUGUGUCCAUCACGGGCUCUGUGGACGACCACUUCACCAAGGCCUUAGGAGAGACCUGGCUGCAGAUCAAAGCCAAAGGAAGCUCCUCCUCCUCCUCCUCCCCUGACUCGUCUCCCAACAGUCACAUGGUCAACCACAGCCACUCUCCAUCCAUUGUGUCCUGAAGGGAGGGGCUUAGAUUCAACGAGUCAGAGCUUAAACCCGCCCCCCCCCCCCCUGCCCGUCCAUUACUCACUGUAACACCGCCCCCCCCCUGCCCGUCCAUUACUCACUGUAACACCGCCCCCCCCUGCCCGUCCAUUACUCACUGUAACACCACAGGGCUGGUUGAACCAGGCUGUGUUCAUUUUGCUCCAACCCUGUUGUAACUAACAGCUGAUCUAGAAGAAUCAGUCAUAUUCAUGAGGCACCAAACUUGUUUUCGUUUUUUUUUUUGUGCAAAAUAUUUAGUUCUAGUUAUAGCACUAACAAAUACGACCCAGGUGUGUUUCAGAGCAGGGCUGGAGGAAAACCCUGCGUGUCCAAUGUCUAUCCUUCCAGGAAGAGGGUUGGCCUUGUUCCCCUGAUGUAAGAUGACCCUGCAUGAUUUAACCCCGCUGAGAGCUGUGCUGGUAGCUAGGGAUAGAGCCAUGUAUAUAACCACGGAUUACGGCAUUUGGUCAUAUAUAUAUAUAACCAUGGAGGAAGGCAUUUAGUCAUAUAUAUAUGACCAUGGAGGAAGGCAUUUAGUCAUAUAUAUAUAACCAUGGAGGAAGGCAUUUGGUCAUAUAUAUAUAACCAUGGAGGAAGGCAUUUAGUCAUAUAUAUAUAACCAUGGAGGAAGGCAUUUAGUCAUAUAUAUAUGACCAUGGAGGAAGGCAUUUAGUCAUAUAUAUAUAACCAUGGAGGAAGGCAUUUAGUCAUAUAUAUAUAACCAUGGAGGAAGGCAUUUAGUCAUAUAUAUAUAACCAUGGAGGAAGGCAUUUAGUCAUAUAUAUAUGACCAUGGAGGAAGGCAUUUAGUCAUAUAUAUAUAACCAUGGAGGAAGGCAUUUAGUCAUAUAUAUAUAUAUAACCAUGGAGGAAGGCAUUUAGUCAUAUAUAUAUAUAUAACCAUGGAGGAAGGCAUUUAGUCAUAUAUAUAUAACCAUGGAGGAAGGCAUUUAGUCAUAUAUAUAUAACCAUGGAGGAAGGCAUUUAGUCAUAUAUAUAUAACCAUGGAGGAAGGGAAGCAUUUUUUUGUUGUCUACGUUUUGAAUUUUGUCAUUUAUUUAGUUUUGAAUUGACGUUUUCUGUUGAAGUAGAUUUGCGUACCUCUUUCUGUUUGUGUUAUUGGAUACGUGAGUGUUUGAAAAGCUCAGUGAGAAACGGUUUGUUUAUGUGUCCAAUGAGAUGUAUGGAUUCACCGUGGAGACACAUCCCAACCAACCACAUGCCUGCGUUACCAAAGAGAACUAGGAUGCAAAUCUGGCACCUCUUUUUAAAAGAAAGAAAAAUACAUUUUAUUUCCCCCGUCUUUUCUAUCUCUGCUCUGUAAAGUUUAGUUUGCUCCCUCACCUCUCCACCCCCCCUUUCUUCUCCCCUACUGUCCCCUCCUCUACUUUACUCUCCCCUCGUUUCCUUAGUUUCCUCUCCCCUCGUUUCCCCUCCCUCUUCCCCACUUUCCCCUCACCUACUUUCCUCUGCCCUCGUUGCCUCUACCAUCGUUUCCCCUCCCCUACUUUCCCCUCCUCUCGUAUCUUUGUCUCUCUCUGUGGCACUGUGGUGUGGUAUGUAGAAUAUGUCUCUCUAUGGUGUGGUAGGUAGAAUAUGUCUUUCUGUGGCACUGUGGUGUGGUAGGUAGAAUAUGUCUCUCUGUGGCACUGUGGUGUGGUAGGUAGAAUAUGUCUCUCUAUGGUGUGGUAGGUAGAAUAUGUCUCCUCUGUGGCACUGUGGUGUGGUAGGUAGAAUAUGUCUCUCUGUGGCACUGUGGUGUGGUAGGUAGAAUAUGUCUCUCUGUGGCACUGUGGUGCGGUAGGUAGAUUAUGUCUCUCUGUGGCACUGUGGUGCGGUAGGUAGAUUAUAGCUCUCUGUGGCACUGUGGUGUGGUAGGUAGAUUAUAGCUCUCUGUGGCACUGUAGUGUGGUAGGUAGAAUAUGUCUCUCUGUGGCACUGUGGUGUGGUAGGUAGAAUAUGUCUCUCUGUGGCACUGUGGUGUGGUAGGUAGAAUAUGUCUCUCUGUGGCACUGUGGUGCGGUAGGUAGAAUAUGUCUCUCUGUGGCACUGUGGUGUGGUAGGUAGAAUAUGUCUCCUCUGUGGCACUGUGGUGUGGUAGGUAGAAUAUGUCUCCUCUGUGGUGUGGUAGGUAGAAUAUGUCUCUCUGUGGCACUGUGGUGUGGUAGGUAGAAUAUGUCUCUCUGUGGUGUGGUAGGUAGAAUAUGUCUCCUCUGUGGUGUGGUAGGUAGAAUAUGUCUCCUCUGUGGUGUGGUAGGUAGAAUAUGUCUCCUCUGUGGUGUGGUAGGUAGAAUAUGUCUCUCUGUGGCACUGUGGUGCGGUAGGUAGAAUAUGUCUCUCUGUGGCACUGUGGUGUGGUAGGUAGAAUAUGUCUCUCUGUGGCACUGUGGUGUGGUAGGUAGAAUAUGUCUCUCUGUGGCACUGUGGUGUGGUAGGUAGAAUAUGUCUCUCUGUGGCACUGUGGUGUGGUAGGUAGAAUAUGUCUCUCUGUGGUGUGGUAGGUAGAAUAUGUCUCUCUGUGGCACUGUGGUGCGGUAGGUAGAAUAUGUCUCUCUGUGGCACUGUGGUGCGGUAGGUAGAAUAUGUCUCUCUGUGGCACUGUGGUGCGGUAGGUAGAAUAUGUCUCUCUGUGGCACUGUGGUGUGGUAGGUAGAAUAUGUCUCUCUGUGGCACUGUGGUGCGGUAGGUAGAAUAUGUCUCUCUGUGGCACUGUGGUGUGGUAGGUAGAAUAUGUCUCUCUGUGGCACUGUGGUGCGGUAGGUAGAAUAUGUCUCUCUGUGGCACUGUGGUGCGGUAGGUAGAAUAUGUCUCUCUGUGGCACUGUGGUGUGGUAGGUAGAAUAUGUCUCUCUGUGGCACUGUGGUGCGGUAGGUAGAUUACAGCUCUCUGGUUUGAUUGGUCAAGCAAAAGUAGUGCUUACAGAAUAAAAUGCAGAUAUGUUUUUAAAUAGCUGGUAUCUAUUCAUGUUUAUUAGACAUUUCAAUCUAUAAAACAAGAUAGAUAGUUUUGUUGAAUCAUUAUUUUCAGUAAUAAUAACAACAGUUGUAGAUACUGCUGGUCCAGUCAGACUCCAUGUUAUUAUUUAGUAUUCUACAGUUAUAUUCUCUCUGGUAGCAGCCAGCCAGACAGGCCUUCUUUACUAUUCUAUAUGAUCCGUUUGGAUUAUAAUCUAUAACGAUAAUAUGUUUCCGUAACGUUAAUGCCAUUGUUCUAUGGCGUUAUUAAUAACCUCUGGGAUGCUAACAGCGGUUUUUGUUUGGCAUGUGACUGAAAAUGUAAUAACGGAACAAAAGCGGCCGUCGAGAUCGACCCAGAGUCGACCUUAUGAUAACCUUUUGCUGGCCACUCGUUUUUUUUAUUUUGUGUUUUUUCAUGUUGUUUCUACUUCCUGUGAUGUGUAGCGGAUCUUAUGAGCACAAGACGGUGAAAAUACAAGUCUUUCAACAAAUUUCUGCUCAGUGGGUAGAUCUUUGCUCAGUGGGUAGAUCUUUGCUCAGUGGGUAGAUCUUUGCUCAGUGGGUAGAUCUUUGCUCAGUGGGUAGAUUUUUGCUCAGUGGGUGGAUUUUUGCUCAGUGGGUAGAUUUUUGCUCAGUGGGUAGAUUUUUGCUCAGUGGGUGGAUUUUUGCUCAGUGGGUAGAUUUUUGCUCAGUGGGUAGAUUUUUGCUCAGUGGGUAGAUUUUUGCUCAGUGGGUAGAUCUUUGCUCAGUGGGUAGAUUUUUGCUCAGUGGGUAGAUUUUUGCUCAGUGGGUAGAUCUUUGCUCAGUGGGUAGAUUUUUGCUCAGUGGGUGGUUUUUUGCUCAGUGGGUAGAUUUUUGCUCAGUGGGUAGAUUUUUGCUCAGUGGGUAGAUUUUUGCUCAGUGGGUAGAUGGGCAGCUGCAGCUUGUGAAACUGACUGGUUUUAAAUAACUCCUUCUUUACCGACCUGUACCAAGGCAGCAGACAUUCCUUCCUAUAGGGAACCUAGUACAGGUGUUCUCACUAUCAGUACAGCUACUAACUUAGUAACAGACAGGUGGGGAUUUAGUCUUGCAACAUUCCGGGAAACUUUCCAGAAAAUUCCUUGAUUUUCCUGGGAAAUCCUGGUUGGAAAAUCCAUGAAUCCUCCAAGCAACCAGAAUUUGUAGAAAAUCUGAGCAUUUUGGGGGGGAAUGUAACCGUAAAAUGCAAACCUAGUGGUGAAGGUGACAGAAGGUGGUUUAAGCUCUAGGGUUGAUGAAGCGCGGCCCAUCUUAAUGCUUUAACACCCUUUUAUACAGCUCCUAUAUGCCCUCUACAUUCCUUCAUCCUAAAUCACAACCAUUGUUCAUGUAGCUACAUCCAAGGCUACACGUCCUAAAUGAAGCCCUAUUCCCAAUGUAAAGCUUGACACUUCGUCUGGUCACAGCUAGUGCAUAGGGGAUUAGGGACGGAGCCUAAACCAUAUUCUCUCAGAGCCAGGAUCCAGCUGAACCUAAACCAUAUUCUCUCAGAACCAGGAUCCAGCUGAACCUAAACCAUAUUCUCUCAGAGCCAGGAUCCAGCUGAACCUAAACCAUAUUCUCUCAGAGCCAGGAUCCAGCUGAACCUAAACCAUAUUCUCUCAGAGCCAGGAUCCAGCUGAACCUAAACCAUAUUCUCUCAGAGCCAGGAUCCAUCUGAACCUAAACCAUAUUCUCUCAGAGCCAGGAUCCAUCUGAACCUAAACUAUAUUCUCUCAGAGCCAGGAUCCAGCUGAACCUAAACCAUAUUCUCUCAGAGCCAGGAUCCAGCUGAACCUAAACCAUAUUCUCUCAGAGCCAGGAUCCAGCUGAACCUAAACCAUAUUCUCUCAGAGCCAGGAUCCAUCUGAACCUAAACUAUAUUCUCUCAGAGCCAGGAUCCAUCUGAACCUAAACUAUAUUCUCUCAGAGCCAGGAUCCAGCUGAACCUAAACCAUAUUCUCUCAGAGCCAGGAUCCAUCUGAACCUAAACCAUAUUCUCUCAGAGCCAGCUGCUAGUCAGUUGAUGUUAUUAUUAUUGACUUUAAUCCGAGUUCAGAUUUAAAGAAAAACAUACAAAAAAAACGAAUGUAUAGUUCUUCAAAGAUGACUGGUUGUUUUUUCGCUUUGUACUUUCUGUAAAUGUUAUGAGAGAACUAAAAAUGUUGAUAAUGUCAUUUAAAUGAAUUGUCAUUUAUAAUGAACAGAAAGGGAAGGGGCAUAGUGUCCCGAGGUCAUUUAUUAUAAAAACAUCUUACUACCGUAGCACGAGGUAGACGUAGGGUCGCACAUUUCCGGUGACCGGGGAAUUUUUUUGGAAAGCUACCAGAUUUUUGAAACCCUAAUUUGGAGUCUCUCACUCGUUCUGCUUUGGCAACACAAUUCCCUACACGCUGUAGGAAAAUCACUUAAUAAAAACUACUUUUUAUAUAUAGGUAAUUAUGAGACCAUCAUUACGCUGUGCGUAACGAUUGUACAGAGAAAAUUGUAGGUAUUUUUUGAGGAUCAAUUUGUUUAAUGACAUGUAGCUAUUUAAUUUUCCCUUUUUUUUUUGUUUGUGUAAAAAAAAAAAAGUUGAUCUUUUUUUUCUUUCUAGAUUUGUUCUUUUAAAAGGUUAAAGUGCAGGAACACAGUAAUAAUAUAAACACUGUGUUGAUGAUAGCCACUCGUGUAUUAUAACAGUUAUAAUGCUGAAUCAAGGCUACUCAGCAGACACUCUACAAACGCAUAUCCCAAAUGACAGCCUAUUGCCUUUUUAUAGUACACUACCAGAGGUCAAAAGUAGUGCACUAAAUAGGGAAUAGAGGAGGGGGGGGGGGGGUCGUUCGGGACAAUGCUUUUUUAUUUUGUGACAACGGAACAAAAGAUCUUUGUCGUCCAUCUUGUUUGUGAGAUCCAAACACUACUGUAUUGUGUUAUUGAAUGGUCCCGGGAACACUGUGUGCUUCCAAAUCAACAUGUGUGUCCUAAGUGGCACCCCUUUCUCAUAGGUAGUAGUGCACUAUACAGGGAAUAUACAGUUGAAGUCGGAAGUUUACAUACACCUUAGCCAAAGACAUUUAAACUCAGUUUUUCCUACAUUCCUGACAUUUAAUCCUAGUAAAAGUUCCCUGUCUUAGGUCAGUUAAGUCUUACGUCUUGAGAUGUUGCUUCAAUAUAUCCACAUCAUUUUCCUCCCUCAUGAUGCUAUCUAUUUUGUGAAGUGCACCAGUCCCUCCAGCAGCAAAGCACCCCCACAACAUGAUGCUGCCACCCCCGUGGUUCACUGUUGGGAUGGUGUUCUUCGGCUUGCAAGCCUCCCUCUUUUUCCUCCAAACAUAAUGAUGGACAUUAUGGCCAAACAGUUCUAUUUUUGUUUCAUCAGACCAGAGGACAUUUCUCUAAAAAGUAUGAUCUUUGUCCCCAUGUGCAGUUGCAAACCGUAGUCUGGCUUUUUUAUGACGGUUUUGGAGCAGUGGCUUCUUCCUUGCUGAGAGGCCUUUCAGGUUAUGUCAAUAUAGGACUCGUUUUACUGUGGAUAUAGAUACUUUGUACCUGUUUCCUCCAGCAACUUCACAAUGUCCUUUGCUGUUGUUCUGGGAUUGAUUUGCACUUUUCGCACCAAAGUACGUUCAUCUCUAGGAGACAGAACGCGUCUCCUUCCUGAGCAGUAUGACGGCUGCGUGGUCCCAUGGUGUUUAUACCAGACUUGUGGAGGUCUACAAUUUUUUUCUGAGGUCUUGGCUGAUUUCUUUUGAUUUUCCCAUGAUGUCAAGCAAAGAGGCAUUGAGUUUGAAGGUAGGCCUUGAAAUACAUCCACAGGUACACCUCCAAAUGACUCAAAUGAUGUCAAUUAGCCCAUCAGAAGCUUCUAAAGCCAUGACAUAAUUUUCUGGAAUUUUCCAAGCUGUUUAAAGGCAGUCAACUUAGUGUAUGUAAACCUCUGACCCACUGGAAUUGAAUGCAGUGAAUUAUAAGGGAAAUAAUCUGUCUGUAAACAAUAGUUGGAAAAAUUACUUGUGUCAUUCACAAAGUAGAUGUCCUACCCGACUAUAGAUGGUUAAUAAGAAAUUUGUGGAGUGGUUAAAAAAUUAGUUUUAAUGACUCCAACCUAAGGGUAUGUAAACUUCUGACUUCAACUGUAGGCCCUGGUCAAAGGUAGUGCACUAUAUAUACUAUUACUAUAUUACUAUGUACUACUACUAUAUAUGGAAUAGGGUGCCAUUGAGACACAACCUUCAAGCUGCAUCAACAUUGUAAAACGUAGUACUAUGUAGUAGUACUGUAGUACUAUGGAUUGUACUCUCCAAACUCUAAAUCUUUAUUAAACCUUAAUUUUGUGGCCUUGUUCCUCCAACUGAAAAAGUUUUUGUACUUAAGUAGCCUCAAUGAACAAUAAAGUGCUCUUAAACGACAA